AUGCAGACACGUCUUCUUCUGAGUCUUGGCUAAGGGGACUAAACGAGACUAUUGGGCCAUGCAGCACCCAAACUUCGAGACCCGCCACCCGCUCCAGGCAGACGAGCAGCAGGAGACAGGCUUCGACCCGCUCAACGUUAUCAAUAAGAACCACAGUACAGGAGGCUCACUUGACAGCGGCACUCACUCACAGUCAACCUUCCCGUCAUACAGGAAAGAAUGGGACGACUUGUUCCUCAACAGUAAUUACUUGGCCAGGAUCCGGCAGGCAGGCAUCAGCGGUAGACUGAGGAGCAGCCGCUUUCGGAGCGUAUGCUGGAAGUUGUAUCUGGAGGCGCUUCCGGAGGACAAGAGUCAGUGGAUCAACAAGACCAAGGAGCUUCGAGGGCAGUAUGAGAAGAUUAAAGAAACGCACAUCACGAACCCUCGCAAGGCUGAAGGCCAACAGGAUUUGGUGGUCAAUAAUCCACUUUCCCAGGAUGAAGGAAGCCUGUGGAACAAGUUCUUCCAGGAUAAAGAGCUGAAGGGGAUGAUAAAACAAGACGUAUUGAGAACGUUUCCUGAGAUUUGUUACUUCCAGGAUGAAGAUGUGCGGUCCAAGCUGACCGACAUUCUCUUCUGCUAUGCCAGAGAAAAUGAACAAUUACUUUAUAAGCAGGGGAUGCACGAAUUGCUGGCUCCCAUCGUGUUCGUGCUUCACUGCGACCAUCAAGCCUUCCAACACGCCGGCGAGACGGCGAGCCCCAGUGAGGAGAUGAAAUGCUUGUUGAAUCCACUGUACCUCGAGCAUGACGCCUAUGCACUCUUCUCGCUCCUGAUGGAAACGGCGGAGCCGUGGUUCUCCUGCUAUGAGAGAGAAGUGAGGCGGGGUAAAGAAGAGAUGCUUACCAGCAUCCCAUUUGCUCGGCCCCAGGACUCCGGGCCAUCUGUUGCCAUAGUUACCAAAGUCAACCGCAUCCAAGACCAGCUGGUGAAGAAGCACGACGUGGAGUUGCACAUGCAUCUCAACCGGCUGGAAAUCGCCCCGCAAAUCUACGGCAUCCGCUGGGUGCGUUUGCUGUUCGGUCGUGAAUUUCCGCUUCAGGACCUGCUGGUGGUUUGGGACGCGCUAUUUGCCGACAGCAUCACCCUGGACCUUGUGGAUUACGUCUUUGUGGCCAUGCUGCUCUACAUCCGAGACGCUUUGAUUGCAAGCAACUUCCAGACUUGCCUCGGCCUCCUGAUGCACUACCCGCCGCUCGGUGACAUCAACUCCCUGCUCCAGAAAGCUCUCUUUCUCCGAGAUCCCCGAAACCACCCUCGACCCGUCAACUACCAGUUCCAGCAGAACCUGGAUUACUACAAAACGAGGGGCGCCGACCUGAUGAAUAAGACACGUUCCAGCACAAGGCCGCCCCCCCUCAACAUCAACAAAGUGUCCAGCAGCCUGCUGAACUUCGGCAGGAAGCUCAUCGCACCGGCCAUCUCGGCCGGCGCCGCCUCGCCCAUCAAUAGCGACGUGCGCUCCUCCUCGUUCGCCUCCCCCGCCACGACCGCCGCGCCCGCUUUGCCGCACCCGCUCGCCGAGCCCCCGGCGCUGCCGCCGCAGGAGACCCCGAGCCACGCCCACUCGCAGCACUAUCGUCUGUUGAAGUCCGAGAGCAUGCCUGUCCAUCUGGGUAAAGAUGCGCUUCCAGGUGGCGAUUCUCGGGUCCAACCGAAGGCUGACGCUCAAGGUCAAAGCUCCAAGCGGCUCAGCUCCUCUCCCAGCAUUGAGAACCUCAGCGGCAGGCCACGUCAGUCCUCCUCCUCCUCGCCGCCCCUGCCGCUCUCCAGGGGCGCAAGCGAUUUGAGCGCCUCGUCGCCACCCCUCUCGAGCGCCAAGAAAGAGUCGUUUUUCCACAUCACUCGCUCGCGUUCCCAUAGCAAGACCAUGUCCAGGAAGGAGACUGAGGAGGAUUUGGAGGCCCAGGUGUCAUUCUUGCAGGGACAGAUCAACGACCUGGAGGCCAUGAGCAAAUAUUGUGCCAAGAUGAUGAACAGCCUCAUCUGUAACAUCCAGGAAGUGAUUUUGCAAGAGCACUUGGAAAAAGAGGACGAGGUGCUCGUUUCACUGGCGGGGCUCAAACAGAUUAAAGACAUCCUCAAGGGGGCGCUGCGCUUCAACCAGAGCCAGUUGGAGAACGAGGAGAACGAGGAGAUCAACAUUGCAGACGACCACUACACCUCAGCAGCGGAACCCGAUUUCAGAGCUCCCCGCGGGCACCGCGGCAAUCAGCGGCCGCAAGUUGGCAGGCCAAGGCGAGGUCCCGGCGGAGACGGCGGCAAGAUGGCGGAUGAUGAGCAACAGCAGCAGCAGCGGAAGGAGGAGGAGCAACCCAUGACGCCGCACGAGGUGCAGUCCAUGGGCUCGGAAGCUAGGAACUGGGAAGACUACAUCCUCGUAUCCCAGAACGGAGACCUGCAGGGCGCGGACGGAGGCAGGGCCGCAUCGGAGCGCACCCCUCCCAUCAGGCGAGGCCGCGGCUUGGUUCGCAUGGAGCCCGAAGGAGCUGCCGGGACCUUCAACGAUCCCCUGUUGGGACCCGCAGCCUCGGGCUCGUCCAGCCCGGAUGAAGGCUCAACCACAAGCAAGGACUCGGACUUCACCAUCGUCAACCCCAGUGAUUUUUGAACAAGUAAACCGCAUCUGCCUACUCACCCUCUUUUACCUGAUCCUUUUGCAAGGUUGCCAUAAUAAACAAAUGACUUAGAAUCAAAGGGGGGGGGGGCUUUUUGAGAAGCUGCUAUCCUUUUAAAAGUUGGACAUGUAGACUGUGACGUGGAGAGGCAGCCUUUCCCGAAAACAUUUCUUCAGUACUGUCUUAAGCCCAUGCAGAAUCCAGUGGUACCUUGACUUUCUCCGUUGUAAUGAACGGAGGUGCCAUUAGUCCAUUCCAUCUCCCAAAAAGAUUUUUUUUUUCCCCCGGAAUUUGUUUUUAAUAUCAUUCAGUCCAGCCAAUUUUAGACCGAGUCUGAAACGACGUUUAAAAACGUCUUUGGAAGUGAUUGAGUUAAAAUUAAUAAGAUAUAUAGCCAUGUAUAGUAUUGUACUAUGUAAAAAUAGACCUAAUAACAUCAUAGCAUUUAAAAAAUUGCUCCAUUUUUAUCACUUCACUUACACAACUAAAUUUUCUUCACUGCCCCCAUCCUUUCUUCCGCCCAUCACAUCACCUCUCCCCCCAAAAAGAUUUCAUUUUGACACCCUCUAUCAUCUCAUUAUCAUUCACUACUUGGGAUCCGUAGUUGGGGCGGGGGGGAAAGAUUUGGCACAAUAAUGCACCAAAAAAUGCAAAAUACUAAAGACUCGGCCUAUUAUUGACAAAAAAAAAAUCUUCAACACAUAAGAAACAAAUUGCAACUGAAGACUAAAAAAUGACUUUCAAGCAUACCGCUCUACCCCCUAACAAAAUUGACACCAAAAUAAUAAUCUCUCAAUUUUCUGUGCUUCAAAGUUAAAGAAAUAUGAAUGGACAAAGUCAUGUAAAACAAUCAAAUGUCAAUCAUUUGUUGUUGUCAGCAUGAAGGGACCAAAAAUAUGUAAAUUUAUUCACUGUAUAUUUUUCAUCAUUUUUUUAAAACAAUCGGCCAAAUUAAUUGCUUAUCAGAAUAUUAUUCUGACAAAUAUUGGCCUCGAAUAAUCCAUGUCCAAAGGCAACAGACUCGAAGCGAAGCAAGCAUGUGACCUGAUGGUGGCCAUUUGCUGCCAUCUAGUGACAAAGCGUCUGAAUGUCACAAAAAAUUGCGCUGACAAUUCUAUGCCCAAAAAAAAUCAAGUAAAAAUACGCAAAGUUGUCAGUUGGGGAACUUGUAAAUCAAGGUACCACUGCACUCUCUCAUCUGCCUGAAGGCGCUACGUCCUUUCACGGCACUUCAUGUUUUGCUGUAGCCAAAUCAUGACUGCAUGUAGUUGAGCUGCAAUUUAUACAGGACUGUGUCCUCUUCAGACCUGAUGAGCCUGAUUUUUUGUGUCUUCUGUUCGUUACGAUCUGGCUGCGUUAGGUCUUUGAGUGUCCCUCCAGAGGACAAUCACGCUUCUGUUGUUCGGAACGAGGGUUGACGUCCUCCUGCAUCCUAAAACCAGUGCCUCCUAGCGUUUGUUCUAACAAAACAAAAUCCCACUGUGAUCUUCAUCCUAUUUUUUAUUUUUUUGUGAAACACUCAAAACCCUCAUUGGUUUACAAUGGUUUAUGAAAUGAUGGAAUAUCUUUGUUAUUGAUUCAAAGUGAAGCUUUUACAGAGGUGAUGGUGUCCUGCGAAAACAAAAAGCAGUUCACACAACCACCUCCUUUCCCCCAAAUGCCCACUCAGCAUUACUCACCGCAAAUAAAAAACUGUCUCACCGCUGAAGUCACAGAGUUUGCGUAGUCAGCGAUUUAGUUCAUCAACCCAACGGUGGUUCAAGUGCUGAAGUAAUUGGAAGUUGUCACAAGUUUAUCUUAUGGUCUUGGGGAUAAUUGGUCAAAUCUGUUCAAAUUUAAAGGCCAUGUUUUAUUCUAAUUGUUCAUUUGGGUAAUUGUGAUUCUAAAAAAACUCUAAACAAAAAAUCUGCUCAUUUUAAAACGGGUUUAUUUCCAUCUCCAUUAGUGAGCGAAGGUUCUCAUGAACCGGAGCUGCACACUGACUGCACAGAUGGACCUGGAAUGUUUCCACUUAUGUAAAAUACUCUUGACGGCAAAAGGAAAGAAUAACAUCUUAUUAAAAUGCUGUACAAUUAUUUUGCACGCAAAAGGAAAUGACACACAAGAGGCAAGAAAGACAUUUUCACAUGCGACGGGUUCAUGUCAUCACAUCAGGUGAAAAUAUUGUGACGCAACCAAUUGAGCUCGUUUCUUCGCCGACUGGAUCAGAACACGUGAGGACACUUUGUAUGGAAGGUGGAAACAUGACAAAACGGCACCAUAGACCCCCC